UUUCCUUCCAUUCUCUCUUUUCUUCAAUUCUCCCUCCCUCAGUCCGGCCUUCUCUUCUACUAUUAAUUUUCAUACAAUUGACAAUUAUCAUCUAACAAAAUUCAAUUCAGUUCGACCAAAUAAACAAAAAAAUGCUAACCUGCAUUGCUCGUUCGAAACAACCCGAUGAAACCGACGAACCAAAUCGUGCCAAUACUCCAGCCAACAAUAAUAAACAUCAAGCUGCCAUCAAAACACUCACUUCUCAAAUCAAGGAUAUGGCGCUAAAAGCGUCAGGAUCAGCAUACAGAAUUAGCUGCAACCCAUGUACAGGAUCAACUAUGAUGAUGACACCCCAACAACAACAACAAUUACAAAACAAAAGCAACAACCACCAAGAAACCGAUUUAUCGACAUCAUCUGACAGGUUCAAGUGGUCGUCAUAUGGACGAAGCCGAAGCAAGAACUCGAGUUCGGGUCGGGUAUGGGGCAAGGAAAUGGAAGCAAGAUUGAAAGGGAUAUCAAUGGGGAGCAUUAGUGGUGACGUAUCGGUAGGUACAUUGUCUGCUUCAGCUAGUGGAAGGAGACCCGACCCGAUUGUUUUGGAAGAAGAAAAUGAACCUAAAGAAUGGGUUGCCCAGGUGGAACCCGGCGUGCUUAUUACUUUUGUUUCUUUGCCACGUGGCGGGAAUGAUCUUAAACGAAUCCGGUUCAGUCGAGAGAUGUUUAACAAAUGGCAAGCUCAAAAAUGGUGGCAAGAGAAUUACGACAAAGUAAUGGAGCUUUACAAUGUCCAGAGGUUAAACCGACAAGCGUUUCCCCUUCCAACGCCUCCAAGAUCCGAAGAUGAGAGUAAUCUGAAAUUUGAAUGUAUUGGGGACAGUCCAAUAACACCUCCAUUGAGUAAAGAAAGGCUGCCGCGAACCUUAUACCGUCCAAUGGGGAUAAUGGGAUACUCAUCCUCGGAUUCACUAGACCACCAAAGCUCAACGGUGGGCAAGUCCAAUCGGGACUCUUCUGGUCUCAGUACUGCAACACCAAAAGUAUCAAGUAUUAGUGGAGCCAAAACAGAAACAUCAUCCAUGGAUGCCUCUAUAAGGACCAGCUCAUCAAGAGAGGCCGAUCGGUCAGGAGAGCUAUCCAUCAGCAAUGUCAGUGAUAUGGAGAAUGAGUGGGUGGAGCAGGAUGAGCCAGGCGUCUACAUUACUAUUAAAGCGCUUCCAGGCGGCUUGAGGGAACUCAGACGUGUUAGAUUCAGCCGAGAAAAAUUUGGGGAAGUUCAUGCGAGACUAUGGUGGGAAGAGAACCGGGCAAGGAUACAUAAACAAUACUUAUAAACGAGAAAACAAAUUAAGAAAAUGCAUCCAUCAUAUCGAUCCAUCCGGAGGUACCUGGAUUUCAACAAAGUGUUGAUCAAUCCUGCUUUUGCCACAACAAGUUCAAAGAAGACAUAUAUAUAUAUCCUUUGGGAUUUGAAUUGAAGAGUUUCCAAUUUUUGACGACCUAUUAAGUAAAUGUUGAAUCCAUAUGCGUAUUUUAUUUUUUUUUCAUAUAUGGUGGAUAUGAUGGCCGGGAUGGAGAACAAAUAUGUUGCUGUAUUAUGGAAAGUUGGUAAUUUGUAUAUUGUUCUAAAAUUUUAUCCUAA